UACUACAAAAAAGGUAAAAAUGCAACGCAAGCCGUGAAAAAAAUUUGCGAUGUUUAUGGACCUAGGGCAGUGUGUGAGAGUAGCACAAAUUUGGUUUAAGCGUUUUCAAUCCGGAAUGCUUGCCAAAUGGAUGCCAUUUUUGAAAAAGUAGAGCAAGAUCGGCAUAUCAGUAGUUACGACGUAGCUGAAGAACUGGGAAUUGGCCAUAAAACAGUUUGGCGCAUUUGAAAAAAACCGGGUACACAAAAAGCUCGAUAUUUGGGUAAAGUUACGAUUCAUUAGGUUUCUUUAUUACGACGUAAUUAAACCGAAGCAUUUUUGAAGAAGCUGAUAACUGGUGAUGAAACGUGGAUCAUGUACGACAAGAACGAGCGAAAAAGGUCGUGGUCAAAGGCGGGUCAGAAUUUACAGACUGUGGCGAGACCCGGGUUAACUCACAACAUGGUGAUGCUGUGUGUGCGUUGGGAUUGGAAAGGCAUUAUUCAUUGUGAGCUGUUACCACCAGGCAGGACCAUUGAUUCUAAACUCUAUUGCGAACAACUGAUGAGGUUAAAGCAAGAAGUUGAGAGAAAGCGGCCGGAAUUAAUCAACAGAAGGGGUGUGGUUUCAUCAUGAUAACGAAUGCAGCUAAUGUGACAUAAUGAAGCCGAGUAAGAAGAAAAUUCGACAAUUAAGUCGACAAGACUUUUGUAAGAUAAUUGUCUUGUCUGUGGUUGGUCUGCUGUUUAUGGUCGUCGCAAUUUUAACAUGCAUCUGGGAUCCUGCACAUAUAUUGGCUAUACAUAUGGUAAGACUAUCUAAGGGCUCGUUAAUGUACAACAUUGUGACACAAAAGGAUUAUCCCUGUGCAUAUUAUGAUAUUUAUGUAUUUAACGUUACCAAUGGCGAUGCCUUUCUUUCGGGGAGAGAGAAGAAGCUGAAAAUUGAGGAGGUGGGGCCAUUCCGAUACCAAGAAUUUCGGACCAAUACGAAUAUUGACCUGGAUAUUGAGAAAGGAAUACUGAAAUAUACGCCCAAAGUCGAUAUUAGAUUUAUACCAGAGUUUUCAAUCGGUGAUCCACGGGAUGUAGAAGUUCAGAUGCCUGAUAUGGUACUGUUGGCAGCUGCAUCACGGGCGGCAGCUCACGCAGUUUUCGUUCAAUAUUUUUAUAACAUAGCAGUGAAGAGUUUGAUGAGGAAGCCAAUUCGGACCACAACCGUACAUAAUGUGUUGUGGGGAACGAACAAUGACGCAAUAAUGCAACUGGCAAAUACUUUUCUACCUGGAGAAUUUGAUUUUAAAACAUUUGGAAUAUUGCAUAAGGUACAGAAUAGUGGCGAUACGAACUUCGUAAUUAAAGCUACAGAUGAAGAGAAAUUUGAGAUUAUCAGCUUUAAUGGUGAAAAAGGCUUAUCAGCAAUGGGAUAUGGCACCCAAAAACAGAGUCGAUGCAACACAUUUAAAGAUGCAUAUGAAGGUCUCUCCUAUCCCAUAGACAUUACCAAAGACACCCCUUUACGGUUAUAUCGCAAUUCUCUCUGUCGAUUAAUAGAUUUAGAGUAUUAUGGUACGCGGUCCAUAGAUUAUGGACCUGAAGCCUAUGUGUACAGAUUUAGAAGGGAUGCAUUCUCAAAUACAACAGAAACAGAGUGUGCGUGUCAUUUACCUGAGUGCAUUAAUGGGGUUACCGAUUUGGCGCCAUGUUUUUAUGGAGCGCCUUCGGGUUUAUCAAAUGCUCACUUCUUGCACAGUGAUAUGAAAGUCUCAGAGCGACUGGAAGGAAUGAAGCCCGACGAAGAAAAACACGGAAGUGAAUUUGUCAUAGAUCCGAUACUUGGUGUUCCGCUGUCAACAAAGUUUACCGUCCAAGGCAACUUGAUAAUGGGCGAUGUUAGCUUCAACUCAGAUGUAAAAGUUUUCGCAAAUAUGGUUGUACCUUUGCUGUACUUCAAAAUUGUACAGCCGGAGAUGCCGGAAUAUUUUAAAAGUCUUUUCUGGGCGGUGUACGUAAUUGGACCAUACUUCAGAUAUGCUUCAAUAAUAAUACUAUAUUCAACGUCUUUAUUGCUGUUAUUUAGGGCUAUUAAAUUGUAUUAUAGUUCGGUUGUGACCACCAUUCAGUUUCCAGCGCAAGAAUUACUAAUAGCAGAGAAUAAUGAAAAAUGCCAUUAAUUAGUGUAUGUUAAGCUUUAUAGCUUAAAGUAUUUUUUAUAGAACAGAAGGCAAAUGGGUAGGAGGCUCAUCUGAUGUUAAGUGAUACCGCCACCAACACUCAUGCCAGAGGUGAGGUGAGAAUUGGUACUUGAACUUGGUAUUGGAAAUCGAAUUGGUUCGGAAAUACUUACAUAGGACUUCGUGGCAGGAUAUGAAAUUCACCCGUAUUACAUCGAUCGUUUCACAACUGAAAGAUUUUUGAGGCACUUUUUUCCACGCCCAACAACUAUGUAGAACCAGCUAUCCACUGAAGUAUUUCGAUCGCGUGAUUGUUAAAUCAGUUUACGUUUGAUUCCCGCGCUGUGUACGAUGCUUAAACUUUCCCCCACUCCCUUGUUUAAUGCUCAAGAACUUUGACGGUAUCUGUACCAAUUUUUUAUUAAGGCCGACAAAGCUUGUGAGCCUUUUAGCUGUGUGAGUCCAGUACUGCCGUAUAACUUAACAUCAGCCUCCUGCCUUGUCUUUUGUUCUAUAAAAAAGUGUGGGUAUUCAUAACCAGAGUGUACCACAGAAUUGUAUUUAAAUUUGUAAGACAUUUUUAGUUAAUAUAAUGCAAAACAUGUGAUUUUGAGAAACGGGUGUAACACGUCUUACUUAAGAAUCGGACAUAUACCUGUCGCACCCAACUAGCUUAAUAAGCCUUUUAAUUAACAUACUAGCCUUUAACUAAACAGCGCCGUUUGACUAGCGGCCUGAAAGAUAUUCAGCCGUAGCGUUUGUAACAACAUUUAAUAAAUUGGCUGGCUAAUGCACAUGCCAUUAGUACGAUGUACUGACCAUGUGGCAGAAAUAAAGAUGAUAUAUCUGACAUAAAGAAUAUUUCUUUAAAAAUUAAAUUGCUUAUUAGUCACAGAUAAAUUCCCAUUAUUAUUGACACUACAAACAAUAACUACUAUGGAAGAGCCAGCCGAGUACUUUGGAAAGCACCAUCAAAGUUGUGGUUUACCGACGAUUGACAGUUUGAAGAGUUUCGAGAUUGAUAGUGGAACUAAUUUAAAUUAUCAUUAAACACACACACACAGGCUAGGCAAAUUAUCCGAUCCAAAUCAUCUAGAUUUUUGAUCAACUGGCUGCACAUCUUUCAGACCGCUAGUUAAGAGGCUAAGCUAUUGAUUGAACGGCUAAUUAAGCUAGUUGGCUGUGACGUACCAACCACAUUGGACUAAGGUCCACGGUAUUAUUAGCAACCCAAAUAUAAAAAAAUGUGAUACUUAUCGUUGUAAGGUAAACGAGAUAAGGAACAUAAAGUUAAUUUAGUACAAGGAUAUAGUUUUUAUUAGUACGCGUUUAGAGUUUUAAUUGAAAUGUGUAAUGUUAUACAUAAGAAGAUCCAUCUUAUAAAAACAUAAUAGUAAUUAGAAAAUCUAAUAUAAAAAUUACGUUAAAGUAAUUGCCAUAGUACCUCUCAGUGUAAGUAAUUAGUUUUUAAUAGACUUUCAACGAAUAUGCAGUAUAAAACUCAUAUUAGGCAUAAGAUGUAAACAAUAGAUUUCAUCAUAAAUUAUGGGUAACCAAAUUAGGAAAGAAAUGUUUAGUUGUCGUCUUUGCGAGAAAAGAAUUGGAAUCCAAAUAGGCGCAAAGAAAACAGUAUACAUUUAUUUAUAAAAGCUUGGCCAAAUUUUAAUUAAUUUAUUAUGAUACACUUAGGUAUUUUUUAUAAAAUAACAUUAAAAAAUACCUUUGUGCUGGAACUAUAUAUCUUGGGAAUUUUGGUCUUAGUGAAAAUCUAUUAUGUGGACGGAAUUUUUACUUUGGCAUAUUUAAAAAUAGUGCGAACGGAAUUGCAUUGAGGAGAAUUGCAACAUCGGUUAAAAUAAUUGUAAAGUGGAAGUAUUUUUACUCAAUAAAUACUUUUCAUACCUGUCUUAAUCUUUAAUCCUGACGUGAGUGUGUGGUA